AUGGCGGGCGGCGACGGGGUCAGCGUCGGCGCGGUACUCUUUCUCACAAUCAUAAUGGCCAUGGCUAGCGGCAUUGGCGCAGUGCCCUUCUUCUUCGUCGGUCGUCUCUCGCCUAGAUGGUCAGGAAUAGCGAAUGCACUUGCGUGCGGCGUCAUGAUUGCCGCGUCCUUUGACCUUGUUCACGAGGGAGAACCCUACGGCAGCUCCCUUGUCGUCGCGGGCGUGUGCGUUGGCGCUUUAUUCAUAGCGCGAAUGCAUUCCAUUCUGCAUGAUCAAGAGGAUAUUCGGUUUUCGGGUUUCGACGGCGCGGACGCGAGAAAAACCUUCCUGAUGAUCGGCAUCAUGACCGCGCACGCCCUUGGAGAAGGUUGUGGUGUUGGAGUCUCCUUUAGCGGGGCGAAAGGUUGGGCGCAAGGCCAGCUCGUGGCGCUUGCCAUCGGCGUACAUAACGUUCCUGAAGGUAUGGCUGUUGCGGCGGUUUUGCAUUCGCGCGGCUCGACGCCCUGGACUUGCGCGAGUUGGGCGGUUGUGACUUCCCUUCCACAGCCAUUGUUAGCUGUGCCCUCGUUCGCGUUCGUAGAGACGUUCCAAAUGCUACUGCCGUUUGGAUUAGGGUUUGCGGCCGGAUGCAUGGUGUGGAUCGUGUUCGCAGAGUUGCUACCGGACGCAGCCAGAGGGGCAGGAGCU